GUAUUUAUCCAUUCCACUGUUACUAUCCUCAUCAAGAAUCAGCCCACAAAGCUACUUUCUUUCUGAUGUUAGGUGGGGAAAAAUUUAUGUAAUCAAAAAAAAAAAAAAAUCAAGAAAAUUUUAAGGGAAGAGGAGGUGUCUUCAUUUUCAUGUGUAUAAGGCAAAACCCACCUCAUACAUACAACAUAUGACCAUAAAGAUUGUAUCUUUAUGACAUAAAUACCCUUUCUGCAACAUCCAAAAAAAAUUUCCCAAUCUUCAUCACCUAUUCACUUGUCUUUCCAAUAACAAAAACAAGAACAAUGUAUAAUAGUAGUAUAUAUAGUAUUUUCUUUUGUUUAGGUUCUUCAUUUAUGUGGGCUUUUUGGGGUUUGUCUUGGUCAAGAGAACCUUCUUGUCACCUCUCUUUCUUUCUCUAUAACUCCUUUUUUUUGUUUGGCCCUGUUGUUGUGUUGUUAUUAUUGUUUCUCCCCUCUUUCCUUCUCUCUUAUCUGCCUCCUUUUGCUCCUUUUCUUGGUUUUUUUCAACUUUUUUGUCUCUUUAUUUCUCCAAGAUCUGACCUUUUUAUGUGAAGGGAUAAGUUUGAUUCAUCUGUGAUCUGAUAUGUCUAAGAAGAUGAAAAGGGGUGUUUUGGAAUCAUCAUCUUAUGGUGUUUUUGAGGACACAAAGGCUAGGUUGAAACAUCAAACACUUUUGCAGGACUAUGAAGAGCUUCAGAAGGAAACUGAUGGCAUAAGGCACAAGUUGGAGGAUUCAAAGCUGAGGAAACUAAGAUUACUAGCUGAAGUUCGUUUCUUACGCCAGAGGCACAAGCAUCUAUUGCAAUCGAAGUCCUUAAGUCCUCCAAAAGGGAAAGAGCUAGUAUCACUACCAAAUGUUGAAACUUACCCCAGAAGUAGGUCAAGGGAUCAAGUUACGAGAAAAAAGGAAGCCAAGCUAAACAAACUGCCCCCUCUUCCUGGCCCUAAACAGAACGGAAGGAUACAGGUUGCAAAGGUAGCAGUUUCGAAGAAUAUACCUGAUAUUCAUGUGAACCAAAAGCACAGAUUAGGUGGUAGAAAAGAAGCUGUUUUUCACAAUGCAGAUUUAGAGUUGAACCGUAAAUCAAGAGUAUAUAGGGGAAAGGAGGUUUCAUCCCGAAAAGGAGCUCCAGCCUAUGAUUUGAAGCAGAAUGAGAGAUUGUACAUUGCAGACAAUGCUAUCUUACAGAGCAGCUCGCCUACUUUUGAUUUAAAUCAGGAAACUGGUCAUAGCGGCAAAGAAACUGCAUUGCCCACUCGUGCUCCGGUCUUUGAUUUGAAUGAGAUCUCGAUGGGAGAAGAGGAAAGAGAUGUAAAUUUCGAGCAGGUGCAGCUUGAGGAGCCAAAGAGAAGUCCUAUCCAAAACCUCAAUGAUGAUGUGAAGCUAUUGGUGUGUAGAAAUGUUGGAGAAGACACUUCUCGGGUGGGAAAACAAAAAUUAUCAUGGCAAGACUCUGUUGCUUUGAGGGUUUGAUCCGUCUUCCACCGUUUAGUUAAAUGUGGUAAGAAAAUUGUGUUAAUGCUGAGCAUUGUCAAACUUGUGUUGACAUGUAGGCUUACAUUAUCCUUUUAGUGUAAAGAAACUUCUUAUACAUGUCAUACAUGCACACUAUAUAUUCAUUGCAGCAACGAGAUGUGGUCCGUGUAAUUCAUCCUCUACAUUA